CGUCACCGUACACCAGGGUUUAGUCUAAGCUCGACAAAUAAGAGGCGUGGACUCACGGAUGGAUAGUUUUCUGCUUUCUUUGACAGCAUUUCCAAAGGAGGGCUGGAGAGUCAGAGAUGUCCAGCAGUAGCUGUACCAGCUUCGAGUGGAGGAAACCAAUCUUCGGUCGCAUGGAUAUCUGAUAUCUGACUGCUAACCCGCAGUCAAUGAAGACAAGGAAAGGGCACUGUGUGUUCUUUACCCAACCGUAUCUCAUCAGAUGCAUUUUGAGUAGCAGUGUACUAUAUCGCUCUCCAAGACGAGAUGGAUUUGUUUUUCCAGCGACACUUUGGUCGACGCCAAAAAAGACAAAAGCAUUUUGCUGCAGUGCGUCACAAAUGUCCCUCUGUUCAGGCCAGUAAAGCCAGGAGGCGCUCCAGCGUCGGUCUGCCCUCUGUAGCAUUAGUACAGUCCAGACGCUCCUCUGUUGGUUUGCCUCUGGUUUGCACUGACCAGCGCAGGCGCCCGAGUGUUGGCCUACUAGUGGCUAGUGGACAGAAGCGACAGUCUAUCAUCGAGCUUGGGCUAACAAAUGCAAGUGAAGGAACAGGAAGAGGAAGACAUCGUCCCUGCUGCUCAGUCUCCUGUGCACGUCGUUCGAAAGUGAAAUCUAUCGAACCUCAUUUACUGGGAUCCUCUAUGUUACUGGCAAGUGUAGUGCAUAUGGGCACAGGACUGCAAAAGGAAGAAGAGGAUGAAGAGGGCAUGGAUGUCUCCCCGUGCUCCUGUUCUGAGUCGGGUGAAGAAGAAGAAAGCGAUGAUGAAGCUGAUGAAGAAAGCUUCACGCUGGCAGCUCACAGGCACCUAACGCAGGCUGUGGUUACGGAGAACAUCAAAGCCCGGCCCUUGCUCUGGCCUCCUCGCUGUCUGAGACGAAAUUCCUCACACUUGCUUCCAGCAGACUCCGUGUUUCAGGACAACGAAGCAGGGUUUGGCGUCUUCGGCCGAUAUAAUCCAUUAGAGUCGAGUCUCAGUACAGCGAAGUUGACGAACGCAAUGUCGACUUCCGUGACCAGUCCCAGCCUUGGCCAGCCGGCUCCAGCAGGCCUGAGCUUUGAUGUUGGGGCGGCUGCAGCAGAUGCUACCUCAUGUGGCUCCAUGCUCCAUAAAGGCUGUUCCUCUCCACUAGAUGGACCCCAGCAAAGCAUUUAUUACAAUCCUUACCAGGAUACAUGGGACAACUUCCUCUCAAAAGCCAUAGCCAAGUCCGGUCUGCACCAUCUCCCCUGUCAGCCCAGCACAUCCUCUGUGACCAGGACCGACCCAGAAGCAAACAUCUCCAGCACUGUGGACUGGACUGAGGUAGCUGUGUAUGGAGAUCAUAUCUGGUUUGAAACAAACGUGUCUGGAGACUACUGCUAUGUGGGAGAACAGCACUGUAUUGCCAGAUUACUGCAAAAGUCUGUCAGUCGAAGGAAGUGUGCUGCCUGUAAGAUCGUCGCUCACACCGUCUGCAUAGAACAACUGGAGAAGUUUCCCGGCUCUAAAGCUAUUCUUAUGGAUGCCACGCUACCCGUCAGUGACCCCAGCUUUAGAAUUAAUUUCAGGUGUAAACCAUCAUUCAGAGAAUCAGGAUCCAGAAAUAUUCGAGAGCCCAUUGUGGUUCGCCAUCACUGGGUGCAUCGGAGACGACAAGAAGGCAAAUGCAGACAGUGUGGGAAGGGCUUCCAGCAGAAGUUUGCGUUCCACAGUAAAGAGAUUGUUGCCAUCAGCUGCUCGUGGUGCAAACAGGCUUACCACAACAAGGUUUCUUGCUUCAUGCUGCAGCAAAUUGAGGAAGCUUGUCCAAUGGGUGCUCAUGCUGCGCUCAUAGUUCCACCAACAUGGAUAAUUCGGGUCAAACGCCAUCAGUCAUCGAUGAAGUCCAGCAAAAAGAAAAAGAGAACAUCGUUCAAGAGGAAAAGCAGCAAAAAAGAGGACGGGCGGCAGUGGAAGCCAUUCAUAAUCCGACCCAUCCCAUCACCACUUAUGAAACCCCUGCUUGUGUUUGUCAAUCCCAAGAGUGGAGGAAACCAGGGCACUAAGAUUUUGCAGUCCUUCAUGUGGUAUCUGAACCCCAGACAGGUGUUUGACCUGAGCCAAGGAGGACCAAAGGAGGGUUUGGAGCUGUAUCGUAAAGUCCAUAACCUAAGGAUACUGGCCUGUGGAGGAGACGGCACUGUGGGUUGGAUCCUAUCCUGUCUUGAUGAACUGGCAUUAACCCCCCAGCCUCCGGUUGCUGUGUUACCACUUGGGACAGGAAAUGACCUCGCUAGGACCCUUAACUGGGGAGGGGGCUACACGGAUGAACCUCUGUCUAAGAUCCUGUCUCAUGUGGAGGAGGGAACAGUUGUCCAGCUAGACAGGUGGAACCUCCUGGUUGAACCAAACCACAGUGCAGGGGCUGAGCCAGAUGAACAGCAAACUGAUAAGCUUCCUUUGGAUGUUUUCAACAAUUACUUCAGCCUUGGAUUUGAUGCCCAUGUGACUCUUGAAUUUCACGAGUCGAGAGAGGCCAACCCAGAGAAGUUUAACAGUCGUUUCAGGAAUAAGAUGUUCUACGCUGGGACGGCAUUCUCAGAUUUCCUGAUGGGAAGCUCCAAAGACCUGUCAAAGCACAUCAAGGUGGUGUGUGAUGGGACAGAUUUAACAUCAAAGGUUCAGGACUUGAAGCUACAGUGCCUGGUCUUCCUCAACAUCCCCAGGUAUUGUGCAGGCACCACACCGUGGGGUAACCCCAGUGAGCAUCAUGACUUUGAACCUCAACGCCAUGACGACGGAUACAUCGAAGUUAUCGGAUUCACGAUGACUUCACUGGCUACUCUUCAGGUUGGAGGUCAUGGUGAGAGGUUGAACCAGUGCAGAGAAGUGAUCCUCACCACUACUAAACCUCUCCCGGUGCAGGUGGACGGUGAACCUUGCAGACUUGCUCCAUCAGUCAUCCAUAUCAGCCUCAGAAACCAGGCCAAUAUGGUUCAGAAAACCAAACGGCGAACCUCUAUACCACACCUCAACGAUCAGCAGCCGGUCCCGGAGAGGCUGAGGAUCAGAGUCAGCCGGAUCAGCAUGAGUGACUACGAGGCUCUGCACUACGACAAGGACAAACUACGGCAAGCAUCCAUUCCUCUGGGACUGAUCGUGGUUCCUGGUGACAGUGACUUAGAGACCUGCAGAGAACACAUCCAGCGAUUACAAGAGGACUUCUGCUCUCUUCAUCCUAUACCUGUGGGACUGCAGGAGGAGGCAGCCAAGCCGAAGAAUCUUUGCUCACAGAGAUUGUCUCCAAAGUGGUGUUUCCUCGACUCCACGACAGCCGAUCGUUUCUACAGGAUCGACCGAGCACAGGAACAUCUCAACUACGUAUCAGAAAUCUCCCAGGAAGAGAUCUUCAUCCUGGACCCUGAACUUGUUGUCAUGACAACUGUAGGCACCUCCCCCUCAGCCAUGGCCGACCUGGUUAACCCCGCCCCUAGCCCAGUAAACAGCAGUUCUUCCCCAAGGCAGCACAUGAACAGUGACAGCACAGAAGCAGAAGUUUUGACGCACAACAAAGAACCUGUGACCAGCAAACUCAGCCGAGCGGGCUGUAUCCAUCGUUCCAACACAACAGCUGCGGAUACCAACCAAAGGCAAAAAUGGGAAAAGAGCCAAAAGAUGAGCGAAACAGAAAAGGAGAGAGAAAAAGAAAUGUUAAUGGAUUGUGUGAAGAACAAGGACUUGAAGAAGCUGCAGGAGCUGCACCUGAGGGGAGCAGACCUCACGGUCCUGGACCAGUCAGGGUGGAGCUUGCUACACCAUGCUGUUAGUACAGGAAGCAAGGACAUGGUGCGCUACAUCCUUGACAAUGCACCAAGUGAGCUGAUUGAUGUCACUGAAAAGCUACAUGGGGAAACGGUUCUUCAUCAGGCUGCGUCGCUGUGUCACAGGACUAUCUGUCAUUAUCUGGUGGAAGCAGGAGCCUCACUCAUGAAAACAGACCUGCUGGGUGAUACUCCUAAGAACAGGGCGGAGAAGGCUGAAGAUGCUGAACUGGCAGCGUACCUGGAGAACAGACAGCAUUACCAGAUGAUACAGAGAGAGGAUCAGGAGACGGCUGUCUAAGAUAUUGGAACUCUCCUUGAACUGGACAUGGAUGAAGGUUUUUUCUCCUUCCUCAUAUUGACCAGACACAACGUGUUUAAUGCCUUUGUGCGAGCUGAACUGGACACAGGUUCCAGUUUACUGCUGACAGCCCUCAAAAACAGGUGGAGAGUGAAGCUGUGCCAAACGUGGUUUAAAUAGCAGGGCUGGCGUUAACUGCGGUGAAGCGACGCACAUUUUCAGAAGUUUAUUAAGUCGUUUUGAUAUUUUGAUGUUAAAUAGCUUAGUAAGAAUAAUAAUAUUGAUUUAGAAAUUUUGUGAAAUUCUCUGACUUUUUUGGGGGA